AUGGGUGUUGUCCGAGAGAGCAGGGUCGAGGUCAAGUCGAUACUAACCGCGGUAUCCAGCAAGCCGUCUGGAUCGAGUCGGGUUCACCCGUUUAGCGCCUUAGACAACGCCAUGAGUCCCCAUACGGUACACGUCAUCUUCUACUACGCUCGUAGUCCAUUCGGAUCAUUUGACCUCGACUCGGUCCGGAUCCCCUUAUCGGAGCUCCUUUCCAUGUACCCGCCCGCUGUUGGUCGGGUCACCAAAAAUCCAGACGGGGUCUGGGGUGUCAAGUGUAACGACGCCGGACUUCGAAUUUUGAAAGCCAAAGUUUCUGUUGGCAUUGAUGAAUGGCUGAGAUCAGCCGAUGGACAUGAGGAAUCUCAUCUAACGGCUUGGGAAGACAUGCCAGAAGAUCCCUCUACGUGGUCUCCAUUUCGUCUACAGAUAAACGAAUUUGAAGGGGGUGGUGUAGCUAUAGGCCUGAGCUGCCCACACAGACAUGCAGACCCAACAACACUAACAAUUCUGUUAAAGUCAUGGACGGAAGCCCAACGCCGUCAGUGCAUCGUUCAUCCUCCAUCCUUUUCACCCCUGCCCUCCUAUUUAACGGAUACUGCCGCCGUUAAAUACGACCGUGAGUCAUACGUGAAGCCCACUGCUUGGCCCAUUUCAACCAAAACAGCCACCGCCACGUUUAAAUUCUCUGGGGCCGCUUUCAAGAGAUGCCUCGACGAAUACUCUAUCGACGGAAUAUUCCCUAAAGCCUCGCCGUUCGAUGUGUUCGCCGCUCUUUUCUGGACACGUGUCGCUCUGGUGAAGGAGCGCAAGAGCGAUCGAGUCUGUAUGUGUGUGGAUUUCAGGAGGCUAUUGCCUAAUCCGCUUCCUUACGGUUUCUUCGGAAACGCUUUGAACUUUUCGUCUCUUGAGAUGAGUGACGUAAUGGAUAAGGGGAUUCGACACGUGACACGUGUGAUAAACGAACACGUGGCGAGUUUAGACGCUGACAAAAUCCGGUCGGAUUUGAAGCGGGCUGGGUCCCAAGAGAAAAUGUACGGUGCGGAUUUGACGAUUGUGAACAUGGAGCAUAUGAUCGUAGACGGAGAGCCGUUGAUGUACGAAACUGUGUUCGAGGACGGCGUCAAGCCUGUGCACGUGAGUUACCGGAUCGGGAACGACGGCGGAGAAGGGGUGAUCACGGUGAUGCCGUCACCGGAGAAAGGGUUUGGGAGGACAGUUACGGUGAGUUUGCCAGAGGAGGAGAUGUCGAAGUUACUUUCGGAUCAAGAAAUCCUCCGAUUCGAGCCCAGGAUUAUUCUAAGCGGUGUAAUGUGA